AGGGCUCAUUUUCAGGCAAGGAAACACCCCCUGGCUGCUGCAGGCGGGGCAUAGUGUGAACUCAGGAAAUGGAAACAAAGCCUGUCCCACGGCCCGGAGGGAGCCAUGGCUGCGGCGAGCCCCGUGGAAAGUCUCCAGGAGGAAGCGACGUGUCCCGUCUGCCUGGAGUAUUUCACGGAGCUUGUCAUUCUGGAGUGUGGACACAAUCUCUGCCGCGCCUGCAUCGCCCAGCGCUGGGAGGGACCCGACACAGCCCCCUCCUGCCCUCAGUGCAGAGAAACUGUGCAACAGGGAAACCUCAGGCCCAACGUGCUGCUGGGAAACGUGGUAGAAAUCGCCCGGCGGCUGAGCUUCCAGGCAGCAAAGGGGGCAGGAGGGGGCGGGGUGUGUGGGGAGCACCAGGAGGCUCUGAAACUGUUCUGCGAAGAGGAUCAAACCCCCAUCUGCGUGGUGUGCGACAGGUCCCGGGCUCACCGCGCUCACAUGGUGGUUCCCAUACAGGAGGCUGCCCAGGAGUACAAGGAGCUGGGCCAGCAGAAGGAAAAAAUACAAGCCCAUUUGAAGACUCUGAGGGAAGAGAGAGAAAAGCUGCUGGGAUUGAAAGUGACUGGAGAGAAGAGAAGCCAGGAGUAUCUGAAACAGAUAGAAGCUGAGAGGCAGAAGAUUGUGUCUGAAUUUGAGCAACUGCGGCAGUUCCUAGAGGAACAAGAGCGACUCCUGCUGGCCCGGUUGGAAGAGUUGGAGACGGAAAUUGUGAAGAUACAGGAUGAAAAUGUCACCAAAUUGUCUGAGGAGAUUUCCCGUCUCAGUGACUCGAUCAAUGAGAUAGAAGAGAAGUGUCAGCAGCCAACAAAUGAAUUCCUGCAGGACAUCAAAAGCACCUGGAGCAGAGACCCUGCCCUAUCAACUGAACUUUCUGAUCUCAAAGGCAGAGAAAGAGGGCUGAAGAAUCACGUCCAGAUUUCGCUCCAGAUCAACCCAUCUUCCAGGAGAAAGGGAAGGGAAAUGGCUGUGAUGGAGCCAGCUCAGAUGCCGGUGACCUUCAAGGAGGUGGCUGUGUAUUUCACCGAGGGGCAGGGGACUCUGCUGGACCCCGCUCAGAGAGCCCUCUACAGGGACGUCAUGCAGGAGAACUAUGAGAUGGUGACCUCACUGGGUAAGGGAUUCCUGUGCCCUCAGCUAUUAGAUGCCGUGGGGUCUGCACGUCUGAAUCUCGUCAAGUUCUUACAUGUAUUCCCCAUUCCCAAACCUGACCUGAUUGCCCACCUGGAACGAGGGGAAGAGCCGUGGGUCCCAGAUCUCCAGGCUGCUGAGGAAAGAGAGAGCCCGAGAGGCACCUGCACAGCAGGUGAUAGGACAGUGAGUGAGAACAAGGAGGAGAAUCAGCAGGAGGAAUAUCCUGAGCAAGUGGAACUGCAGGAGAGGUUUCUGAGACACACUGAAGGGAAUUUUUCCCAGUGCUUGGAGCAGGGAAAUGCCUGGGGAGAUCGACACAGAUCAGAGAUGCAGCUGGGAAACUAUCCCGGGAAGAAACUGGAUGAAUCCACUGAACAUGGCGGAGGAUGCAAGGAUCCCAAGGAAACCACAGUCCAGCAGACAAGUCACAAUGAAGAGAAACCCUACAAAUGCCUUUACUGUGGGAAAAGAUUCCGUUUCAGUGCAAACCUUAUUAAACAUUGGAGAACCCACACAGGAGAGAAAUCCUAUGAAUGCUUGGAUUGUGGGAAAAGCUUCAGUGAGAAGUCACACUUUAUUACACACCAGAGACUGCACACAGGAGAGAGACCCUAUAAAUGCCUGGAGUGCGGGAAAAAAUUUAAUGAGACAUCACAUCUUAUGUCACAUCACAGAACCCACACAGGAGAGAAGCCCUAUAAAUGCUUAGACUGUGGGAAAAGCUUCAGUAGGAAGCCUUAUCUUAUUAAACACCAGAGAUUGCACACGGGAGAGAGACCCUAUAAAUGCCUUGAGUGUGGGAAAGGUUUUAUCGAAAGUUCAUCCCUUACUAAACAUGAAAGAAUCCACACAGGCGAAAGACCCUAUACAUGCCUUGAAUGUGGGAAAAGCUUCAUUCAGAAGUCAGAACUUAUUAUACACCAGAGACUACACACUGGAGAGAGACCUUAUAAAUGCCUUGAGUGUGGGAAUGAUUUCAGUAGUCGCUCCCGCCUUAUUAAGCAUCAGAGAAUCCACACAGGUGACAAACCCUAUAAAUGCCUUGAUUGUGGGAAAAGUUUUGUUGACAGAACAAAACUUACCACUCAUCAGAGAAUCCACACAGGAGAGAGACCCCAUAAAUGUUUAGACUGUGGGAAAAGCUUCAUUGAGAAAUCACAACUUAUUCUACACCAGAGACUGCACACAGGAGAGAGACCCUUUCAAUGCUAUGAAUGUGGGAAAAGCUUUAUUCGGAGCUCAGCGCUUAUUACGCAUCAGAGAACCCACACAGGAGAGAGACCUUAUAAAUGCCUUGAGUGUGGGAAAGAUUAUAGUGAGCGCUCAAAGCUUAUUACACAUCAGAGAACCCACACAGGAGAAAGACCAUACAAAUGCUUGGACUGUGGGAAAACUUUCAGUCAGCGCUCACAUCUUACUAAGCAUGGGAGAAUUCACAAUAAAGAGAAACCCUACAAUUGUCUUGACUGUGGGGAAAGUUUUAGCAAAAGUUCAUCCCUUAUUCAACAUGGACGAAUCCACAUGGGAGAGAGACCCUAUAAAUGCAUCAAGUGUGGGAAAGGUUUUAUUGGAAGUUCAUCCCUUACUAAACAUGAAAGAAUCCACAGAGGAGAAAGACCAUAUAAAUGCCCUGAGUGUGGGAAAAGUUUCAGUGUGAAAUCAACCCUUAAUACACAUCAGAAAAUCCACACGGGAGAGAAACCCUAUAAAUGCUUGGACUGUGGGAAAACUUUUGGUCAGAACUCAUACCUUAUUGAACAUAGGAGAAUCCACACGGGAGAGAGACCAUAUAAAUGCCUUUACUGUGGGAAAACUUUUAGUCAGCGCUCACACCUUAUUAAGCAUCAGAGAAUCCAUACAGGUGACAAACCUUAUAAAUGCCUCAACUGUGGGCAAAGUUUUGUUGACAGAACGAAACUUAAUAAUCAUCAGAGAAUCCACACAGGAGAGAAACCCCAUAAAUGCUUGGACUGUGGGAAAAGCUUCAUUCAGAAGUCACAACUCAUUAUACACCAGAGAGUGCACACAGGAGACAGACCAUAUAAAUGCCUUGAGUGUGGGAAAAGUUUUAGUCAGAGCUCAAAGCUUAUUACACAUCAGCGAACCCACACAGGAGAGAGACCUUAUAAAUGCCUUGAGUGUGGAAAAAGUUUUAUGGAAAGUUCAUCUCUUAUUCGACAUGGGCGAAUCCAUACAGGAGAAAGAGCCUAUAAAUGCCUUGAGUGUGAGAAAAAUUUUAUGGAAAAUCGAUCCCUCAUUAAACAUAGGAGAAUACACACGGGAGAAAGACCCUAUAAAUGCCUUGAAUGUGGGAAAGGUUUUAUUGAAAGUUCAACCCUUACUAAACAUGGAAGAAUCCACACAGGAGAAAGACCCUAUAAAUGUCUUGAGUGUGGGAAAAGUUUCAGUGUGAAAUCAGCCCUUAAUAUACAUCAGAAAACCCACACAGGAGAGAAACCCCAUAAAUGCUUGGACUGUGGGAAAACUUUCAGUCAGAUCUCCUACCUUAUUAAACAUGGGAGAACCCACACGGUAGAGAGACCAUAUAAAUGCCUGGACUGUGGGAAAACCUUCAGUCAGCGCUCAUACCUUAUUAAACAUGGGAGAAUCCACACAGGAGAAAGACCCUAUAAAUGUCUUGACUGUGAGAAAGUUUUCAAUGAGCGAUCAGCCCUUAUUAGACAUGAGAGAACUCACAUGGAAGAGAAACCCCAUAAAUGCUUGGACUGUGGGAAAAGUUUUAUUCAGACAUCACAACUUAUUAUACACCAGAGAGUGCACACAGGAGAAAGACCUUUUAAAUGCUGUGAGUGUGGGGAAAGUUUUAUUCAGAACUCAAAGCUUAUUACACAUCAGCAAAUCCACACAGGAGAGAGACCUUACAAGUGCCUUGAGUGUGGGAAAGGUUUUAGUCAGAGUUCAACGCUUAUUACACAUCAGAGAACCCACACAGGAGAGAGACCCUAUGGAUGCCUUGAGUGUGGGAAAGGUUUUAUUGCAAGUUCAGCCCUUACUAAACAUAGGAGAACCCACACAGGAGAAAGACCCUAUAAAUGCCUUGAGUGUGGGAAAAGUUUCAGUGUGAAAUCGGCCCUUAAUAUGCAUCAGAAAACCCACACAGGAGAGAAACCCCAUACAUGCUUGGACUGUGGGAAAAGUUUUAGUCAGCGUUCACACCUUACUAAACAUGGGAAAAUCCACACGGGAGAGAGACCUUUGAAACACCUUGACUGUGGGGACAGCUUCAAUAAGAGUUCAGAGCUUACCAAACAUGAGAGUAUCCACAAGAGUGAGAGAUCCUAGAAACAGCUUGACUGCAGGAAAAGAUUCAAUUUGACUUCACACAUCAGUGACCCACACAACAGCGAGACCUCGAAUGUGGGGGAAGCUUCAUUUGGUGUUCCCAGAGUAUCAGGCAUUCACAAAUCUACAUAGGAUAGAAACCUCUGAGAUGUCCUCAAUUUGGAAAAGAUGCCAAGAGGAACUAACUCCAUACUGUACAUCAGAGACUCCUCUGUACAACAUAGAAACAGUGCCCUGAUAAAGUGUGACCACAGUGAAAAAUCCAUUCCCUUGUUCCCACGCACAUCAGGGGCAUUUGGCUCCCAAUUAUCCAGCUGCCCAUUGCAGGAGUGAGGAUAAAGCAGCAGCCGAGCAUUUGCUGGUCAGUGAUCCUCUGGCUCUGCCUGGUCUAAGCAAACCCCAGGCAGAGAGGGAGAAGCCCCGAUCAGCCCCUCCUCCCUGCUACAGCCCUGGCUGCUGAGCUGAUGGGCCACGGGGGGGAAGGAGAGAAAGAAACUCCUCCAGCCGCUCCUUCUGCCUGGCUGAAGUCUCCCCCCCCCCCCCCCAGCCGGGAUCCCUCUGCCAUGGAGAUGAAGAGAAGGACACUUGUGCCAGGCCCCACCUUCACUCUAGACACCUGGGCUGGGCUCCCCACUUAACUGGAGCUGUUCCCUGCAGGAGGAGUGUCCCUGGGGGCUGGUAACUCUUCCCCUCCCCUCAUUCCCCAGGAUUCUGGGCUCUGGGGAAUCAACCAUUAAGGGACCAGGCCAAUGGGUAAUGGGGAGGACACUGGGUGUUGAAUGGUUGGGGCAGGUGGAGCUGGGAAGCAGGGGGAGCUGGGUGCUGGGGCUAUCGAGUGUUUGGGGAUCAUGGGAUAAGAGGAGAGGGAGAGCAUGAGGCAGAGACAUGCUGCCUCUCAUCACUCACCCCCUCUGCCCCUUCUCCCUGCCCCCUCUGCAUUCAGACAGCACCACUGAGAGGGGCUGAUUCCCACAGGGCCUUUUGUGGGAGACCUGGAGAUCCCACCUCUACUUCCGCAGCAUCAGCCUCUAAGCGUGUCUAUGGUAGGAAAUGUGGUCAGGAUUAGCAAGCACAUCUUUGUGACCCUGCACCCGAUUUCCUAGUGUAAACUCUCCCUGAGCACCUUAUGUGUAAGGCUAAGAUUUGUCAUGGAUAUUUUUAGUAAAAAUUGUGGACAGGUCACGGGCAAUAAAGAAAAAUUCAUGGAAGCCCGUGACCUGUUUGUGACUUUUACUGAUAAUCUCCGUGACAAAAUGGGGAAGGAGAAGGCUCCAGCAC